AUCAUUAAAUAGAUAGGAAUCAAAUAUGAAUAAAUGGUGCAAGUACGUACCUCUGUAAAGUCUGUUUCUUCCCCUUGCUGUUGUCCACUUGGACUUCAUUAAGCAUACUCCACAUACAAAAUCCGCAAGCAAUGAUGCAGUUCCUAUGAUGAUCUGUUGAAGGGGAUGAGAUGAUGAUUAAAAGAUGAAGAUGAAGUGCUCAUUGCAUUAAAUGUCAGUCAUUUAGGGAAAGGCAAACCACGAAGUCGGUUUCAUUAAAAACUAUCGAGAAUCAAUUACAAUUCCAAGAAACACAUUUACCACUUGAGAACCGGCUAAAUGGAGAGGCCUUUAACCCUAUAAACUGCAAAAAAAAGUGUAUACUCAGGACUUGUAUUUGUAGAUAGUGGAUAGAGAGAGGGAGGGACCUGUCUAGCUAGAUAAAUCAAUGAACGGCAAUUGGCAAAAUAUAAAAAUAACAAAAAUAGUGCAAAAUUUAAUUAAGUCAAGUUGAAAGCAACAGACAGCUUAAACAGAAUGAGAUAGGCUGACAGAAAUUGACAGAGAACCCCUGAAAGAGCAAAGGAGACAAAAAAUAUUACAAGCCAGAGCUUUGCAAAGAGGCGGAACAAAGUGGAAAGAAAGCAAAAUAGAAAUAGAUGACAGGCAAAGAGCAUUGGGAAAGGGAAAACACUGCACACACAAAAACAAAAAAACAAAAACUGCACAGCGCGACGUUUGAGUAUUGGGUAUUAUCACACAAUCGCACACAAAUGCACACACACACACGCACACGCACACAAAGAUAGAGACACAGAUGCAUACAUGGACACUAUGCUGUAAUCGUCGCAAUGCAAUUAGCAUUGGAACCAAAAGCUCAAGUUCACUGACAAAGAAAUCAAACACUCACACAGAAAGAGAGGGACAGAGAGGGAGAAACACAGUGAUGUAUGGUGGCAAACACACACACACACACACACAUGCACAUUCCGAGUAUGCGAUAAUUUUUGUAACCGAACGAAGCUUUACAAAUGCAAUCAAAUGACGUUAGUCAGAGCGCGAGCGAGAAGAGUCGGCGGGAGAGCAGGCACGCUCCACAGAUAGAGCGUGCAAGUGAGCGAGAUGGAAGACAGGCAGACACACAGCCCGAGAGAGAGCUUACUCGUGAGUAGGUCAGUCAACGAUCUUCGGGACGGGUUGAGUAAACUUGCCUCUUGCCAUUGCUCUGCACUCGACACUCUGCAGUCGCGCUCGCACUCGCACGCAAAGCCUCACCCAACCGGCUUUCUGUGCUUUUUAUUUGGUUGCAUUUUUCUACCCCACUCAUUGGUUUCCGCAUUGCAAAUAAAUAUACUCGCACACAUGUACGUAUUAUGUACAAUAAAAUAACAGGCACAAUGUUGUCAAUGCCAAAUGUUUAAUCGGUCUGAAAUGCAGUUGAUGAUGGUUCAUUGCAUUGUUUUACAAUUAGAUUCUAAUUCGUUUGGGGGGUUGUCAUACUCGUAUUAUCUUUUGAUAGAUAUCGGCAAAGCAGUGUUAGUGUUUGUCUUCUCUUAUGAAAAUUAAUUGAGUUUUCUUUUUCAUCGAUCUCUACCUUCUGUGACAACUUUAAAAUAAAUAAAUUUAAGCUAAUUUCAAGCAUGAUUUCCCCACAAAUUAAACUCUAAUUUAAUUCAGGAAUAUACCCUUUACAUCUGCAUGUUUUAGUUGCGUAGAAACUUAAGGAUUUGCCAGGAUUCUAGCGAACAUCUUUGACCCAAUAACUGCCAUCAAUGAUUCUGUUGAGUCGAACACGACAGAGUUGGCAAUAGUCCACAUUCCUCGACUUAAAGUUAACCCCUUCAAUCAUCAUAUUACCCGACACUCUAUCGGUGUCUCUAUCUGCGAGUUUUCUACCUUUUUCCUCUAAAGUCAAGCCAAACCAAACGAACCGCACUAAUUGCAAUACGAGCCAUUAAACGAGUCAUUGGCAAUUAUCUGCUGGCUGGCGACUCUGGCAACAGUUUGAGCCACCGGCCAGGUCCGAGGCCAGAACCCGACCCAACAGCUACUUACGGUUAACCAGCAAAACACUUGGCAAGCCGAGAGAGAGAGAGGGGAAGAGUGUCCGCUACGAGUCAGGGGGAACUUGGCUUUGAUGUGUACCGAGAAGUAUUUAAAACGUUUGUGCCUGGUGUGGUGGUCCCUUUGGUGUGGACAUGUGGGAAAUUAUGAGCUGCGUUUGGGGUCUAACCGGAUUAAUUACCAGCUGCUGCCUGCCCCAAAGAAGCGAGCGUCUCCCGCUCUCUGUGCUUCCGUUCUGUAGGAUUUUAAGCUGCUUUGCAAUUUUAAUUAAAGGCUGAUUUUAUCCUUGAUUUAUCAACUUUAAAUUGGUCCAACUGCGACGUCAGUUGUUCGACAUGUUUUCGGCUUCCCUGUUUUCCCGUGCCGUGGCAAACAAAGUGCAUUUCAGAGGCUUGCAAAUAGAACCUUUGACAUUUUGAUGGAAACGAACGAAAGUUUUCAAGUUUCCGUUGAGCAAGAAAUUGCUUUCCUUUCGACGGAAGCCCUGCAACUGCAAGCCUGGCAAUUAAAACGGAAUAAUUGUGGCAUUUUAUGCAAGGGAACAGAAAAAUCCACCUCCAGAAAAUGUUUGCGAAAAAAAGGAAAUCAAUAUGAAAAGUGAACAAAAUUAUGCAAUGUGUAAGCGAAUGUGUGGCGUGGCUGACUGAUAUACAUAUAAAUAGGGCUCGGCGAGGGCACAGCGGCACAGCAGCAUCAAGAGGCAAAGUCUAUAUACAGAAAGGCAAUUGGCCAGCUGCUGCUCCAGCCAUGCAACCACUCCGUCACUCCGUCACUCUGCCACACAACCCCAUCUCCAGCCUCUGGCUGGGGCAUCCACCAGGCAGCUCCCACCCCACCCCAGAGUGCGACUGGUUGUUAUGGCAUUCGCUGAACGCAUUUUGUAACAUGACAAAAUAGCGUAGCAUACAUUUCAGGGGUUGCAACUGUGCAACACGCUGCCCUGCCAUGCCCUGCCAUACCAUGCCAUGCCCGUGCAACGAUUGGGGCACGCCUGACUUGCAGAUUGGCCGCCUGCCUCGGCUCGUGUCGGGUGCGGGUAGCCUGCGCAGGCGCAGCUCAUUGUGUCUGUGAGGCUCUUACGUAACUCUGCCUGCCACAGAGCAGCAACAGCCGCAGCAACAGCAGCAGCAGCAGUGUGAUGCUGCCACCGAGUGAAACGAAACCCAAAGUGAAAACCAAAGCCGAAACAGAGCCUCAACUGCACUUGUUGCUGUCGGUGCGCGUCGUGCAGCAACAUUAACUCGAGAAUCCAAAAUGCGACGGCAAAAUCUCGCACAAAAAAGUGACAAAAUGAAGAAUCGAAUAUAAGUGAAGAAUAAAAUAACAAGAAUAAAGUUGAUAAUGGGUAUUCCUGUCAAUCCUCCUUUCAGUUGAUCAAAAUGUGGCAUAUUGAGCAUGUGGAAGUCAACUUUUGUGCGAACAUAACCUGAACCUAAACUUGAACGUAGACCCAACGAAUAAACAGAAUCGGAAUAAUAAAAACUAUGUGAACCAGAAACUAAUUGUCGCAUUUGUGUGCCAGUCUUCAAUAGAAGUUGGAAGGAAGGGCAGCGUUUCCUUCAGUUCUCCCCACCACCACCACCGCCACCACGACCCCCUUUUCGGUUCCACUUUCAGUUUGUUUGCCCUUUGUGGUCUUAUUUAAAGAUUCGUUCGGUCCAAGGAUUACCCAAUAGAUACCAAAAUGGACGACGAGAGCGAUGACAAGGAUGAUACGAAAAGAAAGUCGCGGAAUCUGAGCGAGAAGAAGCGACGAGAUCAGUUCAACUCCCUGGUCUGCGAUCUGAGCACCCUGAUAUCCACCUCCGGUCGGAAGAUGGACAAGUCCACGGUCCUCAAGUCAACCAUUUCAUUCCUGAGGAACCACAAUGAGGCCGCGGAUCGCUCCAAGGUGUUCGAGAUACAACAAGACUGGAAGCCCACGUUCCUGAGCAACGACGAGUUCACGCACCUGAUGCUGGAGUCCCUCGAUGGCUUCAUGAUAGUCUUUGGCAGCAUGGGCACCAUAUUCUAUGCCUCGGAAAGUAUUACCUCGCAGCUGGGCUAUCUGCCGCAAGACCUGUACAGCAUGAAUAUCUACGAUCUGGCGUAUGAGAUGGACCACGAGGCCCUGAUGAACGUGUUCAUGAAUCCCCCGCCUGUGAUCGAGCCGCGGCAGACGGACAUCGCGGCCAGCAACGAGAUCACCUUCUACACGCAUCUGAAGCGCGGCGGGGUCGAGAAGGUGGACUCCAACUCCUACGAACUGGUUAAAUUUGUGGGUUACUUUCGCAACGACCCCAACACCUCGGCGGGGUCGCGUUCCGCGAGUCCGAGCGGCAGCCAGUCGGCGCCCGUGCUGCCGCGCAUCUUUCAGAAGAACUCCAGCGUGGAGGUGGACAAGAAGCUGGUGUUUGUGGGCACGGGCCGCAUCCAGAACCCGCAGCUAAUACGCGAGAUGAGCAUAAUCGAUCCCACCAGCAAUGAGUUCACUUCGAAGCACAGCAUGGAGUGGAAGUUCCUGUUCCUCGAUCACCGCGCGCCGCCAAUCAUUGGCUACAUGCCCUUCGAGGUGCUGGGCACCUCCGGAUACGAUUACUAUCACGUUGACGACCUGGACAGCAUUGUGGCGUGCCACGAAGAACUGCGACAAACGGGCGAGGGAAAGUCCUGCUAUUACCGCUUCCUCACAAAGGGCCAGCAGUGGAUAUGGCUGCAAACGGACUACUUUGUGAGCUACCAUCAGUUCAACACGAAGCCGGACUAUGUUGUGUGCACCCACAGUGUGGUGAGCUAUGCGGAGGUCAUCAAGCACACUCAGAAGGAGCGACAGAAGGCCAUCAGCAAGGACAGCAAGGCGCUGGCCGCGACGGCCAGCAGCAGCAAAUUGGCGCCUGCCACCACAACGCUGAGGGACUUUGAGCUGGGAAACGAGAACCUGGAGAGCACGCUGCUGGACAAUAGCCUGGCGAAUCUAACCAAUGAGACGGCUGCCACCUCACCCACUGUGGACUCGUCACCCAUGUGGUCGGCAUCGGUGGCGGCAACAACUCCGAGCUCCUGCCAAGUAAAUCCGCUGAAGAUAGCCAGACCCGCAUCGAGCUAUGGCAACAUUAGCUCCACGGGCAUCUCGCCAAAGCCCAAGCGGAAGUGUUAUUUCUACAACAACAGAUGCAAUGACUCGGACUCCACUUCGAUGUCCACGGAAUCGGUCACCAGCAGGCAAUCUGUGGCCAGCAGACAGUCGGGAGCCAGCAGGCACUCCAUGAUGACGCACGCGAGCUCGCAAAGUCGACAGCGGUCCCAGCAUCGUGAUCACAGUCAAAGUCAUAACAAUAGCCAUCACCAGCAGCAGCAGCAGCAACAGCACCAACAUCUGCAACACCUCCAGCAACAGCAGCAGCAGAUCCAACAGCAGCUGCAACAGAACGUGGGGCCGCCCAAGCUGGUGCCCAUGCUGCCCAUCGGACCCGCGCAGAUCAUGGCGGGCAACGCGUUUCCCCAGCCCACCUAUCCACUGGCCAGCCCCCAGCUGGUGGCUCCCACCUUCCUGGAGCCGCAGCAGUACCUGACGGCCAUACCAAUGCAGCCAGUGAUAGGGCCGUUUCCGGUGCCGCCUGUGCCUGUCCUCUCGCCGCUGGCGGUGUCGGGUCAAGGCCAGGGCCAGCAGGAACUCGUCCCCAGCAGUGUGGUGAUGACGCCCACGCAGAGUCAGCUGCAGGACCAGCUGCAGCGGAAACACGACGAGCUGCAGAAGCUGAUCAUGCAGCAGCAGGACGAGCUGAGGAUUGUGUCGGAGCAGCUGCUCCUUGCCCGCUAUACGUACUUCCAGCCAGUGGUGCAGAUGGGGCUCCCACAGGGCAACAUGGCACCGGGACCUGCGAUGCCCAAUGCGGCGGGCGGCAGCGUUCAGCGCGGAUUCAACUUCUCGGGCACGAAUGCAGUGCAGCCGCAGUUCAAUCAGUACGGAUUCGCGUUGAACUCGGAGCAAAUGCUGAACCAGCAGGACCAGCAAAUGAUGAUGCAGCAGCAGCAGAACCUGCACAGCCAGCAGCAGCACAAUCUGCAGCAACAGCACCAGAGCCAGAAUCAACUGCAGCAGCAGCAACAUAUGCUGCAACAGCAGCAGUUGCAGCUGCAACACCAGCAGCAACAGCAGCAGCAGCAACAACAGCAGCAGCAGAACGACAUGUUGUCGCGCGAGGACAUCGAGGACAUUGAUGCCUUUCUCAAUCUGUCGCCGCUGCAGGCGCUCGAGCCUUCAUCGGCGCUCAACACCAGCCACAACAACAACACUUCGAGCUUUAACAAUGGCAACGGCAGCGGCCAGAACAAUAUUGGCCACAAUAACAACAACAACAAUAACAACAACAGCAGCUCGACUGCCCCACAAAAUCACAACGAAGACUCGUUGCUGUCGUACAUGCAGAUGGCCACGAGUCCCUCGGUCAACUUCCAUAUGGGCAUCAGCGAUGACGGCUCCGAGACGCAAAGCGAAGACAAGAUGAUGCUGGGUCGCAGCAGCAACCACCUGCAACUGCAGCAGCAGCACCUCCUUCAGCAGCAGCAGCAACACCAACACCAACAGCAGCUGCAGCAGUCGAGCAACUUUUACCACACGAAUCCAUUCCUCACCCACCUGCAGAAUCAGAGUCAGAAUCAAUUGCCAAACGACCUGGAAAUAUUGCCCUUUCAAAUGUCGCAAGAGCAAUCACAGAAUCUAUUCGAUGCGCCAAACACAGCCACCGGCGGAAGUCAAUAACACAUGUAGAACCCUAGUUCGUAAGCCCCAUAGAUCCUCCAAUAUGUUUCCCCCUCCCGUGGUGGUAUUAUCUAUUAGCUAGCUGUCUCUCUAUCGAACCUUCUCUUGGAACUCCUUUCGGGACUAGUUGUAGAUCUCAACAGACUGAGUAUUGUUCUACUAAGAGUUGGAAUUUGACUAAUUUGUGUGUGCGUGCGUGUGUGUGUGUGUUUGUACAUAUGUACGUGUAGAAACGUUCUCAAAAUGUGUAUCCAUAAGUAGGUUUUAAUUGUUAGCACAUAGUGAGAAGAGCCCUUCGUUUGCAUAAGCCCCCAAAUUUUCCAGUAAGUGCCAUUGCGGCGCACACAGGGAUCUCUGAUAUGUAAUCGAACCUUAAACCCUAAAACGUACCCCAAACAAUUGUACAUAACGAUGUAAGCAAUGCUAACCCAAUUGUAUAUCAUUUCCAAGACUGGGCUUCCCUACUGGAGUCAAUUUACCUUUUAAGCGUCGAUGAUGAAUGAUGGACGAUAGCUAUAGCAACUCAGGUUGAGACUGCAACUGACAUUUAUUCUGCUGUGAGCAUAUUCCAAUAAGUUUUCCUCAUGCCUGAGCGUUUCCUGGAAAGGAAAAUGAAAUUAGAUCUGGAGUACUUUCUGGAUAAGCUGAUUCGAAUCUGUUUCGAUCUUCAGCCUUGAACUUUCACAUGCAGCUAAACCUUGUAACUAGCUUCAACUCAACUACAACUACCUUAAUAGCUCUAGCUACCUCUGUGUUUAAGCUCUGUACAUACCUAUAGGACAAGUCGGGAGUACUUCCAUAAGCCUGUACAUAAAGUAACGAUGAUAGAACUAAUUUGUACAUAACGAGUAGAUGAUUCCAUGUUCCCCCGAGAGCAAUGUGAAAAUCGAAUCAAAA